AAAUCGAAGCCGCCGAAGCAUGUAAAUGGCUGAGAGCUACAGGAUUUCCUCAAUAUGCUCAACUCUAUGAAGAUAACCAGUUUCCCAUUGAUGUAACUACCGCAGCUCAAGAUCACCCGUUGCUGGAACCUGACGUGUUACAUUCCCUCUUCAGGCGAUUGCAAAUCCUCAACAGUUGCGCUCACCUUCAUCAACAGAGGGUUGCGCACGCGCAAACAGAUGAGUCUGAAGAUGAAUGUUGCGCUCUCUCUGAUAACUGGACGUACCAGAGUGACAUCAGGAGGUGGUCCAGGACGUGCAACAAGACACCUUUCCGAACUACCGGUGAAACAUCCUCAAGACAAGACAGUCUGUCGAAUAAGGAAGACGAGGUGUUCCAUAAAUCCACAGAGGACCCCAAGGAUCGUCUAAGAAGAGCGGGGAGUACUAAAUUUCGUCGACGUCGCGAUGGUGUUUUGUUUAGUGAAAAAGACAAUAUUUUGGACACGUUGUCACAACAGCUGAACCAGCUGAAGUCUUCGGAGGUUAACCACGUUUCGGAUUCUGAAGUUACACCAAGACAUUCGAGGCGAUCAAGGACGAAGUCGUUCGACAAAACGGACACUUGGUCUCACCCACAAGCUACCACUGAUCGUGUGAUAUGGCACAAAUUGCCCGAGACUAAGGAAUUGCUCAGCCCUGAGAAAGACAUCUCUUUUAAUAAUGACGGCCCUUCUAUAUCUCAACUAUCUGCCACACAGCUGCAGGUGCUCAAAAAACUGGCGUUGCUGAAAUUAACGUCUCAUAUGGAAAAAUACUGCCCAAGUCAUAGAACAGGCUGGAACUGGGAUUUGCCAAAGCUCAUAAGGAAAAUAAAGGCGCCGAUUUAUAAAGACAAAAAAGUUUUUGGCGUCCCACUCACAAUAAAUUUCCAAAGAACAGGACAAGUUCUACCCAGGCAAAUCGAAGAAUCUAUGCAGUGGCUACAGGACAAUGCAGCAGACCAAGUAGGCAUUUUCAGGAAACCUGGAGUAAAAUCCAGGAUACAGCUUUUGCACAGCAAAGUUGAGGCCAAUAUAGCAGUGGAUUACACUGAACAACAGUGCUACGACGUGGCUGACAUGCUGAAGCAGUACUUUCGAGAGUUACCAGAAGUGUUGUUGACUGCGAAGCUAUCGGAAACCUUCAUUUUGAUUUUUCAGUAUGUUCCUUUAUAUCUACGACGAGAAUCAGUACUUUGCGCUAUUCUUUUGCUGCCUGAUGAACAUUUAGAAGUGCUACAAUCCUUGCUUCAUUUUUUAAUAGUCAUCGCGAAAAAUUCAGAGACCAAUCAGAUGAGUGAAAAUAAUUUGGCCAUGUGUUUUGCUCCAACGCUUUUUCAGUAUUCACAAACAUAUAAGCAGAAUCUGGGAUAUCCUCACCCUAAGGAAUUGGCGGAAAACAAAGCCGGGCAUGAAUGCCUCUUAUUUUUGCUCAAGAAUUUCAACAAUUUAUUCAAGAUACCUCGAGAUUUCAUAAAUCAGUGCAACUCCAGCGAAAUGAAAGAUACAAAGGCCAAAUUUCUCUCAGAUUUAGGAAAAGAAAUGGGUGGCUGGAAGGAAUACCUGAAUGAAUGCCAGAUUAAUUUAUUGAAAGAAGCGAGGGACAAAGGCCGAGGUUGGAUUCCGAUAUCUUCUCAUAAUUCAAAAGUGGAUAUAUUCUACAAGAAAAUAGCAGACGGGUUACCACUGAGAUUUUGGAAAGUGACUUGCGAAGUGGAAGCUCCUCCUUCAGAAGUACUUCAUAGGAUAUUGAGAGAACGCCACAUUUGGGAUCCGGAUCUGCAUUCUGCGAAAAUCGUCGCCCAGCUAGACAGUAGAUCGGAGGUGUUUCAGUAUGUUAGAAGAAAUAUAAGUCCGUUACCCAAUGAGGAGUAUUGUGUAUUACGAAGAUGGAGAUGCGAUCUUCCAAAAGAAACUUGUAUUAUAGUGGAAACCUCUGUAGAAUAUCCAGAUUCUGUUAACAUACCGAAUACAGUGCGAGGUAUCGUUCUAGCUUCCAGAUAUUUGAUUGAACCCUGUGGGUCUGGAAAGUCUAGGCUGCUACAUUUUUCAAGGGUGGAUACUAUGUAAGUGCAUUUCAUGAUUGAUUAU